AUGCUUACUACAUCUGUCGAUAUCUCUGAACUCCAUGCGGUAUAUCACCGCGAAGUCGCAAAGUACCGGACGUGUGAUUACAUUCCCCGCUUGCAAGCAGAAUAUCGUGAGAGACAAGCCCAAGAACAAUUGGCACGAAAUCCUGCAAUUGUUGCGGAGGCUCCUGGAAUCGCCGCGGAAGGAGCAAUCAAUCAGCAAUGGCGAGAGAAGAUUUGCGAAUGGGAAUACCAAGUGGUGGAUCACUUUCAUUUGAGACGAGAAAUUGUCGGUGUGGCAAUGAACUACUUGGAUCGGUGCUUGGCCACAUCACCAGCCGUGGACAAGAGUUCCUUUCAGCUAUUGGCCAUGACGUGCUUGUACGUUUCGAUCAAGCUCAAUCACCACACCCACUUGCUCAUUCCGGGAUCCAAUUCGACUCUACAAUCCUUGCUCGAACUUAGCAGAGGCUUUUUCUCGACACAGGAUUUGGAACAAAAGGAAUUGGAGCUCUUGCGCCGCUUGGAAUGGAAUGUCCACCCACCUACGCCCCAAUACUUUUUGGAAAGCUUUCAUGAGUUGUUUCUUGAGGCACUAGAACAGCGGCAUCUCAACGAACCGCAACCAAUGGACGAGGAUCCUUCCGAAAAGCGAGAGGUAUUGGAGCUGUCUCAUUUUUUGGUGGAAUUGGCAACCAUGGACUACUUUUUUGUCUUGUACCUUCCAUCUCAAAUGGCACUCGCAGCCUUGGUGACGUCCAUUCGCCGCUUGACACCCGAUCCCCGACUUGAUCCUGCUACCCUACUACCAGGCUACGAGGAUUCUCCCGAGUUGCGGGCUUGUUGCAAUCGCAUGGAUCGAUUGUACGAUCGCAUCUUGUCGGAGGAUACGACUGCGUCUGGCCGCAGAAUGCCUGCUGGAACAUCAACUCCCAAUUCUACCUCCACAACACCUGGGUCGGAUUCUCCUGUAUCAGUCCGAAUGGACACUUAG